GUGAGAAGAACUUAUUGGAGGUAAAACACCAGCACACUCAACGCUAUGAACCAAACGGCGAACAAAGAUAAAUAAACGACAGUACGACACCGUUGAUCCAGAGAAUCUACUGCUCCAGCCACCUGCGCCGACGUUGACUCUGAUUUCCAAGAGGUUCUCAUGCUCUCAUCUUGAAUACUUCUGCUAUUGGACGCUAUUGAUAGCUCUGAGCCGUGGGGAAUGAACCUGGACUCUUCUGAUUCAUCAACCCCUCCACGUAACAAGACUGCAGAUAUGGCAAUGCCCACUUCUUUGGAACCUGUUCCAGAAAAUUCAGCAAAUGAUGCACCCUCUAAAUUCUCUGCUUCUGGCAUCACCACGUGGGCAAAAAAUUUGAAAAUUCCGCAGCCAUUUGUGGGAUCGCAAGAUGAAUCACCAUCUGGAAAUUCGGGGAAGUCAUCUUUUGCUCGUUUCACUGGUGGACUUGGCUUGCGCUUGUCACCAAAAUCUCCUCAGGGAGAUGAAGGUUCUGAAGGGUCUGUGACAAGUACACAGCCAGGUUUUAUUGGAACUAUCACAAAAGGGUUAGUUGAUUCAUCUAAGAGUGCAGUGAAGGCCGUACAGGUCAAAGCUCGACAUGUUGUGUCUCAAAAUAAACGAAGAUACCAGGAAGGAGGAUUCGACUUAGACAUGACUUACAUCACAGAGAAUAUUAUUGCCAUGGGCUUCCCUGCUGGUGACAUGAGCUCUGGUUUUUUUGGUUAUGUUGAGGGAUUUUAUCGGAACCACAUGGAGGAAGUAAUCAAGUUCUUUGAAACUUAUCACCAGGGGAAAUACAAAGUCUACAAUCUCUGUUCUGAGAGAUUGUACGACGUAUCACUAUUUGAAGGAAAGGUGGCUAGUUUUCCAUUUGAAGACCACAAUUGCCCUCCUAUUCAGCUCAUAAUAUCAUUUUGUCAUAGUGCAUAUUCAUGGUUGAAGGAGGAUAUUGAAAAUGUUGUGGUCGUGCACUGUAAAGCCGGAAUGGCGAGGACGGUGAUGAUUUCUAGUCUUCUUCUGUACUUGAAGUUCUUUCCCACAGCUGAAGAGUCUAUUGAUUAUUACAAUCAGAAAAGAUGUGUUGAUGGGAAAGGGCUUGUUCUGCCUAGUCAGAUCAGAUAUGUCAAGUAUUUUGAACGUAUUUUGACAUACUUCAACGGAGAAAACCAGCCUGGGCGCAGGUGCAUGCUUAGAGGCUUCCGGCUUCAUAGAUGCCCCUACUGGAUCCGACCCACUAUUACGGUAUCUGAUCAUAAUGGAGUGCUCUUUUCGACCAAAAAACAUCCAAGAACCAAGGAUCUGUCGCCUGAAGAUUUUUGGUUUACUGCACCAAAGAAGGGGAUAAUGGUCUUUGCUCUUCCUGGAGAGCCUGGACUGACAGAGUUGGCUGGCGAUUUCAAAAUCCACUUUCAUGAUCGCCAAGGAGACUUCUAUUGCUGGUUGAACACAACGAUGAUUGAAAACCGCAAAGUUCUAAACACUAGUGAUCUUGAUGGGUUUGACAAGAGAAAACUACCAUCCCCAGGUUUCCAGGUUGAAGUUGUGCUCGUGGAUUAUGACGCUGCUGUUCUAGCUAGACCUCCAUCAGAAGCCACUGCUAGUACACCGGUUGGAGUAUCUGGUCCUCCUACUCCUGUGGAAGUGGCUGCGGCUGCGACAAAUUCAAACAAAGACUCCGGAAAUCAGGAGAAGGAUGAUGUGUUCUCUGACAGUGAGGCAGAGGAAACUGGGUCAUCCAAAACUAGGCAAACUAAAGAAGCUCCUGAAAUGAGUGGAACAGAUAGCACAACAGCUUCUCCGCCUGACAAACUCGACCCAAAGCAAGUUGCAAGCUUGGCCAACAAGACCGAGAAAGUCUCUUUAGGAAAAGGAGGGUCCGUACAUACUCGGUCAAAGAAGGAUCCGGUUGAAAACUCAGCAGGAGAGGUAAGUGAGUUCAAGGCAAUGGCUGCUGAUGCAUCUGUUUUCACAUUUGGAGAUGAGGAGGAGGAUGAAAGUGAUUAAGGGUAGUCUAUGCUAAUGAUGCAUUCGCCCGAUAUCUGUAUAUAAUACUUGUGAAUAUUAAAAAAUCCAGUUUCUUUGAUGACUGUUCAUUCUGUUUUAAAUGUGUUGGAUUAUCGAUUUCCUAGAAGUCGUGCUGGAUCUGUCAACUAUGGCUGCAUAACUCCAUGGUUACUGUUGAUUAUAUUUAUUAUUUAAUGUAGUGUUGGAAGGGCGAUUCUUUGGGUGACAAGCCCCUGGAUGUCCACGGGCUCGUCACUUUGGCUU